AUGGUGACCUGCUGCUGCUGGGACUUGGGGUCCUUCGUCGGGAGUCACGUCUUCUUCUGGCGCGGGCAGAAUGUGACAAAGACCGGCUGGGUGUGGAACGGGAUCUGCUAUGGUGGCGUUGGUGCCGGCGUCUCCGCGGUGCUGAGUGUCGUCGGGUGGAUCGUUGGGUGCGUCUCUGCGCCGACCUGCGCUGUUGUGAUCUGUUGGUUCGGCGGUGUCUGGAUAGUGGAGUGCGGGAGCGGUGCGUGCGAGAUGGGCUCUGAUGCUGUUUGUGGAUGGUUGGAGUGGGAUUGUGUGUGGGUGAUGUACCUGGUUGUACUAAAGGCGGUUGUCCGCCAUGCUGGAAAGGAACUGGGGGAGGAAUUGGGGCAGACUGCAAAGGUGGUUGGGGUGGGGAGUAUUGUGGUGGUGUUGGAAGUGGUGGGUAUUGUUGUUGUGGUUGAGGUUGUGGUUGCUGAAGUGGCGGAUGCUGAAAUUGCAACGGUUGUUGCAUGGGCGCAGCAAGCGCGUGUCCGUGCGUCCAUGGCGCUGCUGGGUGAUACACUGGUGGUGGUGCACCGAAAGUUGCUGUCGGCCACAGUUGUGGCGACGCACCGGCUGGUGCUGGCAUUGCUGCUUGCAUCGGAAGCUGUGCCAUAG